AUGUAUGAGAAUAAUUCAUUUUUGAUGACAGAAGGACUCCAUGAAGGUGUACUAGGAAAUGGUACAGCGAUAAAUAGCGGUUCUAUCAAAGGGAAUUUAAUCAAAAGAAGAAUUAAACAUGAAACUGUCGACGAAACCCAACAAAAAACACACGAGAACAUCGAAACGAACGAAACAAACGAAACGGAGGAAUUUGUUCCUCAUAUAAGGUGGCCCGACACCUUCGUUCAACUCUACUUACAUUUAGGCUGUUUGUAUGGAAUAUAUUUGUGCUUAACAUCAGCCAGAUUUUACACAGUGGUAUUUGCACUUCUGACGGUAUAUAUGUCAGGUUUUGGUAUCACAGCCGGAGCUCACAGAUUGUGGUCUCAUAGAGCUUAUAAAGCCACAUGGCAGCUGCGACUGCUUUUGGUAUUAUUAUUCACAAUUACCGGCCAGAGGCACGUCUACGUAUGGGCCUUAGACCACCGUGUGCAUCACAAAUACAGCGAAACGGAUGCUGAUCCGCACAACGCGAAAAGAGGAUUUUUCUUUUCGCACGUAGGGUGGUUGGUGUUGACUCCGCACCCUAGCGUCAUAGAAAAACGAAAUUCCGUCGACAUGAGCGACUUAGAGGCUGAUCCUAUUGUCAUGUGGCAAAAAAAGUAUUACCCUAUACUGUUUCUCUUAUUUAAUAUUAUUCUGCCAGUAAGCAUUCCUGCGUAUUUUUGGCAAGAGUCCCUAUGGAAUUCAUUUUGGAUAAAUUUCAACGCUAGAUUUACCAUUACGUUGAACAUUGCCUUUUUCGUGAACAGCGUGGCUCACAUGUGGGGACAGAAACCCUACGACAAGAACAUCAGCCCAGUGGAAAACCUAGCAGUAUCCAUAGCUGCGUUGGGCGAGGGUUGGCACAAUUACCACCACGUGUUCCCAUGGGACUACAAAACGGGUGAAUUGGGUAACGGAUAUAACCCGUCCACUAGCUUCAUACACUUCUUCGCCAAACUGGGGUGGGCCUACGAAUUGAAGAGUGUAUCGAAGAAUAUGAUUCUUAGAAGGGCUAAGAAAACGGGCGACGGGAGCCAUCCCCAAAUAUGGGGCUACGGUGACGAGGACAUCGAAAAGGAGGACAAGGAAGAACUCGAACGCAUGGCGGCGGAAGAAAUGACAGUUGAAUAA